GGUCCCUGCAGCAGACUUUGAGCUGUUACCUCUCUGUGGCAGCAGGGGGCGGUAAACACCCCUCAUAUUUACAUGUUAAACACCACAGAAGAAGAGACGCAGGCAGCCUUCCGCUUUGCCUCCAAUCCAGUUACAAAACCAAAGCAGAGCCUCGAACAGUCUCCGCCCGUCCGGUCUGAACCUGCACCGGGAUGGGGCUCGAACAGUUCUGCAGUCUGGACCGGUCCGAUCCGUUCUGGGACUGGAACCGUACGUGGAACACGAGUAACCCUGACCUGACAGCGUGCUUCCAGAACACGGUGCUGCUGUGGCUGCCAUGUCUCUACCUCUGGAUGUCCGCACCCGUCUACCUGCUCUACCUGCGCAGCCACGACCGGGGAUACAUCUGCAUGAGUCACCUCAACAAGGCCAAGACUGCGGUCGGCCUCCUGCUGUGGAUCACCUGCUGGUCAGACGUCUUUUAUUCUUUCUGGGAAAGAAAUCACGGCAGCAGCGUCCCUCCUCCGGUCCUCCUUGUGAGCCCGACCGUGCUGGGCCUCACCAUGCUGUUGGCCACCUUCCUGAUCCAGUACGAGCGGAUGAAAGGAGUCCAGUCGUCCGGCGUGAUGCUGAUCUUCUGGCUGCUGGCUCUGCUGUGUGCCUCCAUCACCUUCAGGUCUAAGAUCCUGCAGGCCCUGGACCAGCUGUCGUCAGUGAGUGUGUGGAGGUUCUCCACCUUCUACAUCUACUAUGCCCUGCUGCUGCUGGCUCUGGUCCUGUCUGCUCUGUCCGACCAGCCGCCCCUCUUCUCUCAGGCCGUCAAAGACCAGAACCCGUGUCCUGAGCCCGGAGCGUCCUUCCUCUCCAGGAUCACCUUCUGGUGGAUCACCAGGAUGAUGAUGACGGGCUUCCGGCGCCCCCUGGAGGAGAAGGACCUGUGGUCCCUGAACCUCGAGGACCGCUCACACCGAGUCGUUCCCCAGCUUGUGGGUCGCUGGAACAACGAGUGCCAGAAGGUGAAAAGUGUCAGGACGGAGCAGAACAUGGUGUACUCUCCUAAACGAGCUCCUCGCUCAGAGAGCAAAGAGGGCCGAGCUGUGGAGGAGUCUGAAAUCCUGCUCGUCAAGAACCCUCAGAAAGCCAAGGAGCCGUCCCUCUUCUGGGCCUUGUGCCUCACCUUUGGCCCCUACUUCCUCAUCUCCUGCCUCUACAAGAUCAUCCAGGACAUCCUCAUGUUCGUGGGGCCCGAGAUCCUGCGGCUUCUGAUCCGCUUUGUAAAUGACUCCAGCGCCCCCUCCUGGCAGGGCUUCUUCUACACGGCUCUGCUCUUCUUCUGCACCUGCGUGCAGUCGCUCAUCCUGCAGAGGUAUUUCCAUGUCUGCUUUGUGUCGGGCAUGCGUCUGCGCACCGCCAUCAUCGGUGCCGUCUACAGGAAGGCUCUGGUCAUCAGCAGCGCGGCUCGUCGUACGUCCACGGUGGGAGAGAUCGUGAACCUGAUGUCAGUGGACGCUCAGCGCUUCAUGGACCUCAUCACCUACAUUAACAUGAUCUGGUCGGCGCCCCUGCAGGUGGUGCUGGCGCUCUACUUCCUUUGGCAGAACCUGGGUCCGUCCGUGCUGGCAGGCGUGGCUGUGAUGGUUCUGAUGGUUCCUGUUAACGCCGUCAUCGCCAUGAAAACCAAAACGUACCAGGUGGCUCAGAUGAAGAGUAAAGAUAACCGCAUUAAGCUGAUGAACGAGAUGCUGAACGGUAUCAAGGUGUUGAAGCUUUACGCCUGGGAGCUCGCAUUUAAAGACAAAGUGUCCGAGAUCAGAGAGAGCGAGCUGAAGGUGCUGAAGAAGGCCGCCUACCUGGGCGCCAUGUCCACCUUCACCUGGGUCUGUGCACCUUUCCUGGUGGCGCUCUCCACGUUCACCGUGUACGUGCUGAGCGAUGAACACAACGUGCUCGACGCUCAGAAAGCCUUUGUGUCUCUGGCGCUCUUCAACAUCCUGCGUUUUCCUCUCAACAUGCUGCCCAUGGUCAUCAGCAGCAUGGUGCAGGCCAGCGUGUCUCUGAAGCGUCUGCGGGUGUUUCUGUCUCAUGAGGAGCUGCAGGAGGACAGCGUGGAGCACAAAGCGCUGACAAACUCUCCAAACAGCAUCUCCAUGGAGGACGCCGUCUUCAGCUGGUCCCGAUCUGAGUCACCAACACUCAAAAAGCUGAACCUCUGCAUCCCAGAAUGCUCUCUGGUGGCAGUGGUGGGACACGUGGGGUCCGGAAAGUCCUCUCUCCUCUCCGCUCUGCUGGGAGAGAUGGACAAACUGGAAGGAAGAGUGUCUGUGAAGGGCUCGGUGGCGUACGUCCCCCAGCAGGCGUGGAUCCAGAACUCGACCCUGAGAGAGAACAUCGUGUUCGGUCAGGAUAAGAGGGAGGCGUGGUACCAGCAGGUGGUGGAGGCGUGCGCGCUCCAGCCCGACCUCGAGAUCCUUCCUGCAGGAGACGAGACUGAGAUCGGAGAGAAGGGGGUGAAUCUGUCGGGCGGUCAGAAGCAGAGGGUGAGUCUGGCCCGCUCCGUGUAUUGUGACCGUGCGGUCUACCUGCUGGACGACCCGCUGUCCGCCGUCGAUGCUCACGUAGGAAAACAUAUCUUUGAGCAGGUGAUCGGCCCGCAGGGACUCCUGAAGGACAAGACUCGUGUGCUGGUCACACAUGGCCUGAGUUACCUGCCUCAGGUAGACCUGAUCCUGGUCUUGGUGGAGGGUCAGAUCACAGAGAUGGGAUCCUACCAGCAGCUCAUGGACAGAGACGGAGCGUUCGCCGAGUUCCAGAGGACGUACUCGUCUGGAGAACACGCCGACAGCGCCGACUCCGCCCCUAAGAGUGAAGCUAAAGGUCUGGAGAACGGCAGUGUGACGACUCUGAUGGGCAGCAGUCCGGCUGUCAGCAUUUCGUCCAAUCAGACAGAAAAAGUCGAUCAGCUGACGGACAAAAAGAGUAAAAACCCUGAUGUGGGGAAGCUGACGGAGGCGGACAAGGCGAGCACAGGACGGGUGAAGCUGUCUGUCUUCUGGUCGUACCUGAGAGCGAUAGGUGUGCUCCUGUCCUUCAUCAGUCUGCUCCUCUUCCUCGCUCAUCACCUCGUCUCUCUCUUCUCUAACUAUUGGCUCAGUCUGUGGACAGACGACCCUGUGGUCAACGGCACGCAGCCCAACAGACGGAUGAGACUGGGAGUGUACGGGGCGCUGGGACUGUCCCAGGGUGUGGCCGUGUUCGGGUACUCCCUCUCCAUGUCCGUCGGGGGCAUCCUGGCGUCCCGCUGCCUCCAUCAGUCGAUGCUCUACGACGUCCUGCGCUCGCCCAUGUCGUUCUUUGAGCGCACGCCAAGCGGGAACCUGGUGAACCGCUUUGCCAAAGAGAUGGACACGAUCGACUCCGUGAUCCCGAGCAUCAUCAAGAUGUUCAUGGGCUCCAUGUUCAACGUGGUCGGCUCGUGUGUCAUCAUCCUCAUCGCCACGCCGCUGGUCGCCAUCAUCAUCCCCGUGCUCGGCCUGCUCUACUUCUUUGUGCAGAGGUUCUACGUGGCGUCGUCUCGCCAGCUGAAGCGUCUGGAGUCGGUCAGCCGCUCGCCGAUCUACACGCACUUUAACGAGACUCUGCUGGGGACCUCGGUCAUCAGGGCGUUCGGUGAACAGGAGCGCUUCAUACGUGAGAGCGACCAGCGAGUCGACCACAAUCAGAAGGCGUACUACCCCAGCAUCGUGGCCAACAGGUGGCUGGCGGUCCGUCUGGAGUUUGUAGGAAACGUUAUCGUGUCGUCUGCUGCUCUGUUCGCCGUCAUCGCCAGAGAGAGUCUGAGUCCGGGUAUCAUGGGUCUGUCCAUCUCGUACGCCCUGCAGCUGACCGCCUCUCUCACCUGGCUGGUCAGGAUGUCGUCUGACGUGGAGACCAACAUCGUGGCGGUGGAGCGAGUGAAGGAGUACAGCGAGACGGAGAAAGAGGCCGAGUGGAAGCUGGACUCGUCCUCUCUCCCUGCAGGCUGGCCCACUGAGGGCCGCAUCCAGAUCCGAGACUUCAGUCUGAGGUACAGACCGGACCUGGAGCCCGCCAUCCGCAACAUCAGCAUCGACAUCCAAGGAGGAGAGAAGGUGGGGAUUGUGGGUCGUACUGGAGCGGGGAAGUCUUCUCUGAUGCUUGGUCUGUUCAGGAUCAUCGAGGCUGCAGAGGGAAACAUCUUCAUCGACGCCGUGGACGUUUCUAAACUGGGUCUGCAUGAGCUCCGGUCCAGAAUCACCAUCAUCCCGCAGGACCCGGUUCUGUUUUCAGGCUCCCUGAGGAUGAACCUGGACCCGUUUGACUGUUACUCUGACGAGGAGGUGUGGAGAGCGCUGGAGUUCUCUCACCUGAAGAGCUUUGUGUCCGGGCUGCCCGACAAACUGAACCACGAGUGCAGCGAGGGAGGAGAGAACCUCAGUGUUGGGCAGAGGCAGCUGCUGUGUUUAGCUCGAGCUCUCCUGAGGAAGACGAAGAUCCUGGUCCUGGACGAGGCCACAGCGGCUGUGGACAUGGAGACAGACAACCUGAUCCAGUCCACCAUCCGCUCCCAGUUUGAGGAUUGCACCGUGCUGACCAUCGCCCACCGCCUCAACACCAUCAUGGACUACAACAGGGUUCUGGUUCUGGAGAAAGGAGAGAUGGCAGAGUUCGACUCACCCGCCGUCCUCACGGCUCAGAGAGGAGCUUUUUACAAGAUGGCCAAGGACGCAGGGCUGGUCUGAAUGCAGAAAGAGGUCCUCACCUGGUCCAGCUGCUCCUCUGAGCCCCCUCCAACUCCUCUGCCCCCCCCCACCCCCCCCACCCCCCCCCCCCCACCAGAGAGGUCUGGAGUCCGAGAGGGGGGUCAGGCGGUUCAGAUAUGAGCGCCUGUUGACUGUAGAGAACUCAGGAUCUAUCCCGCUCCAUCUGCUCCGUCCUGCCAGCCCAGAUCAUCUACUUCCUGUUUCCUGUUGUUCACGUCCUGUUACUGCCGGAGGAGCCGACAAAUUCAGACUUUAAUCUGACGGACGAUUGUAUCUGCUUGAGUUUUUAUUGUGUCUCUCAGAGCCGUGCGUGUAGAUCUUAUAGUGCCAAACAUAUAUGGAUUUAUAUUAGAGAGACUCAGAGAGCAUCUUUCAACGCCAUCAUUCAGGUACACUGAUGAUGUCACAGACACAUAAAUGAGAUGCUAAAAAACGCACAAACUGACCUUUAAACGCAGCUCGGAUUAUUUCAUUACUGUGCGUGUGUUCAGCUUUAAAUUUGACAGAUUAUUUAGGUCUAAAGGUACUGAGUGUACACUAUGAGGACGUCAUCGUCUGCUUUAUGUUCUCAAUGUUCGAGUCUGUGAAGACGUUUCUGACAGAAGUGUUUUUCUUAUUUCUCUGCAUCGCUUUGUGUGACUGUUUUUAUUUUAAGUGAAUAUUAAAGAUAUUUUCAGAAUAAAGUCCGUUUUCUAUUUAA